AUGACAGUUGAUGUCAACACACCACAAACCAAGAACGAUAUUAAGAAGGCUCUAGAAGAGAAGCCAGAGAUUCCCGAGUUGGAGGCGCUGGACGCGGCAAGCCCCGCGUCCCAGGAGCCUGCGGCGUCGGCUCAGGGACAGGAAUGGCCAGAGAGCUCUCCUUCGGGGCAGGCCUCGGAGCAGGCCUUGGAGCAACGACCGUCGAUCGAGCUGGAGAACCAGCCGACGCUGCAGGAUGAGCCGUCGCGGGAGUCGGGGACGAGAGACCUGUCCCUGAGGGAGCCGGAAAUCCAGACGCCCCGGGCCGCGGGCCGGUGCUACUGCACCGCCUGCCUGGAGGCGCCACUGUCCCGCGCCUUCUGGCGGCUGGGCUGGGCGGUGGCCGAGCACCCCUGGCUCUUCCUGCUGGUGCCCGUGCUGCUGACGGUGGCGCUCGGCAGCGGCCUGCUCUACCUGCCCAGGGACGAAAAGGAAGACCUCGAGGAGCUGUACACCCCGAUCAGGGGCCCCGCCAAGGCCGAGCGGUGCUCCGUGCAGGCUCACUUCACCACCAACGACUCCUACCACUUCUCCGCCGCCAGGAGGAGCGCCGAGGCCAGUUUCGCCUCCAUCCUGGUGGUCGGCAUGGCCGACUCGCUGCUGGAGGAAGACACCUUUACGGAAGUGGGUAGACUGGACGACGCAGUGCAGUCUCUGUCUGUGGGACAGGUUAACGGCACCCAGAUCCCGUACACGCAGGUGUGCGCCAAGUACCAGGACCUCUGCGUGCCCCCCAACCUGCUCCUGUACACCUGGCAGAAGAACAGGAGGCUCGACCUGAGAAACGUCACCUUCCCCAUCUUCCACCACGAAGGCCACCCCAUCUACCUGACCGGCUUCUUCGGAGGAAACACCCUGGGGAAGAGGAUGGGAAGGAACCGGUUGCUCCUGGGGACCAAAGCCCUGCGGCUGCUGUACUACCUGAAGACCGAGCGACUGCAGGACAAGCUGCAGAGCAGGCAAUGGCUGACUCAUUUCCUGAACCAAUUCAACAACACUAAGAACCGUCUGAACUUAAAGAAAAUCAAGGUGGUCCACUUUACAUCACUUUCUAGACAACUGGAACUUACGGCAACUGCGAAGACAGUGAUCCCUUUGUUUCACUCGGCAUACAUUCUAAUCAUACUGUUUUCAAUCACAUCAUGCUACAGAGUUCAUAAAAUUGGUUCUGAUGUUUUCUACUUGUUUUUUGAUGUUUCUGUAAGAGGACAAGAGCUUGCAAAACUCUGCCAUUUUGCUGACAUCCAGUGCUAAACCGUUAUUUUAUAAACCUGGUGACUGAAAAAAUUUUACCCACCAGUAAUAGUGUAUAAUCAAAUGGAAUAGUAAAAAUAAACUGUGGCCAGUUUUGUUUGAUUUGGCAUAUCUUUUUUAACCUUACGUAUUGCAU